CACAGUCGGGAACAGAGGUACGGAAUGGACACGGAAGGGAGCCAAAGCAGCCUGUCCUCUGCGGACUCCCCGCACGACCCCUGCAAAAUGUUCAUCGGGGGUCUCAGUUGGCAGACAACACAAGAGGGACUGAAGGAAUACUUUUGUAAAUUCGGAGAGGUGAAGGAGUGUAUGGUGAUGCGGGAUCCGGUUACGAAGAGAUCGAGGGGAUUUGGUUUUGUCACAUAUGUUGACCAGGCCGGCGUGGAUAAAGUUUUGGCGCAGAACAGACAUGAACUGGAUUCGAAGACAAUUGACCCAAAGGUGGCAUUCCCACGUCGAGCUCAGCCGAAGUUGGUUACCAGGACAAAGAAGAUAUUUGUGGGCGGCCUCUCCGUCAACACCACCAUCGAGGACGUGAAGCAGUACUUCGACCAGUUUGGAAAGGUCGAUGACGCCAUGCUCAUGUUUGACAAAACCACCAACAGGCACAGAGGCUUUGGGUUUGUCACCUUUGAGAGCGAAGAUGUGGUGGAGAAGGUCUGUGAGAUCCACUUCCAUGAGAUCAACAAUAAAAUGGUGGAGUGUAAGAAGGCUCAGCCAAAAGAAGUGAUGUCACCCACGGGCUCAGCUAGGGGGCGCUCCAGGGUGAUGCCCUACGGCAUGGACGCCUUCAUGCUGGGCAUCGGCAUGCUGGGCUACCCAGGCUUCCAGACGGCCACCUAUGCUAGCCGCAGCUACACGGGCAUCACCCCAGGAUACACCUACCAGUUCCCUGAAUUCCAUUUAGAGAGGACCCCCCUCCUGACAUCAUCCCACCCCCCUGAACUCACAGCCAUUCCACUCACGGCCUAUGGACCAAUGGCGGCUGCAGCAGCGGCAUCAGCAUUGGUCAGAGGCUCAACGCCCUCACGCACUGCUGGGUUCCUGGGCACCAGCAGCCCUGGACCAAUGGCUGACCUGUACGCCGCAGCCAAUCAGGAUUCAGCAGUGAGCAGCUACAUCAGUGCAGCCAGCCCUGCCCCGAGCACAGGGUUCGGACAUGGACUCGGGGGUCCCCUGAUAGCGACAGCCUUUACUAAUGGCUACCACUGAGAUGCCUCCCAGUUACACCCGGCGUGGAGGGUAGAAGGGGGGGCGGUUCAUCCUGCUGGUGAGCCAACCAAACUGCUGUGUGCCUCCUGAUGGUGCGAUCUGAUUGGCUGCUGCAGGUGUCUCCCCUGAUUUUUUUCACCUGUCUUGACUGAAGAUGUUUUUCUUCUAUAUGAGAGAAAAAAAAAUGUUCUUCCUCCCUGUCAUUUCCUGUCUUCUGUACUACUAACAUCACUUCCUUCCUUCACCUGAUCCCUCGUGUUAUCCAGAUCUUUACCUUUUAUCUGAAACUGUUAUGAGUUUUAUUUCUCUGCGGCUCAGUCACAAUGCGCUGUCUCUUCACAUGAAAAACAGGAAAAAAAGAAAAUGUGCAAAAAAAAUCAGAGGAACGUUUUGGGGUUGUACUUGAGGAAGACAUGAGGAGUCUUUUAUGUUUCUUUUUUUAUUUGUUCUUUUUUGAGGAGUUUUAAUUUAAUUGCUACAUUACGAUGUCUCAUUUGAAUGUCAUGUUGACCAUAUGUACUAUUGUGUUUUAUUUUACAAAACAAACAUGCUGUGUAGUAGGAGAGAGAGAGAAAGAGCAAAAAAGAGAGAGAAAUGAAAAGAAAAUGAAAUGUGUGACGACACAGAAGGUUUUUUGGUGUCAUUCUCCUCUCCGUUAGUGCUCCUAACAAACAUUUUAACACAAGAACAAAAAAAAAAAACAUGUGAAAAACAAAAUUCACGUUCCUUUUUUAUUUUAACAACAACAACAAAAAAACCAGACACAGGAAAACAUGGAAAAAAAACUAAAAUGUAUAUUUUGGUAGUUUUUAAACAAACAGACAUUUGUAAUAUUAUUAUUAAUAUCAAAACAGUGAUAAGAUUUUUUUUUCUUCUGUAAUUGGUUUGAAAGCGAUGUGUUAUUUUUUUCCUCCUGUAAGAUAUUGUAUAUAAAGCACAGCGUUGGGAGGGUUGGG